AUGUGGGAAUGGCUGAUCUGGGAUCGGGGGGUUGGGCCGCCGAGCACGAGCGAACCGUUAAAGAGUGUUUUUAAUGUCCGCCAUGUUGGCCAUGGCGCACUGAGCCUGGAAUCAGGGACCGGAGCGCGCUAGAAACACACACCGAGAGAGAGCGACCGACACCCGGCCUCGCGCCUCCGCUCGCCCCGCCACCUCCACCGAGCGACCCGUGCACUGCUGGACACCGAACCGGCAUCAUCCAUGAGAACUUUAAUCGGACCAGUAGGGAACAUUAGGGGAUCGGAUAGAUUUAUGCUGCAUCUCGAAUUAUAAAGAAAAAUGAGUAAACUGUCGUUUCGGGCGCGGGCGCUGGACGCUUCCAAGCCUCUACCCGUCUUCCGCUGCGAGGACCUGCCCGACCUGCACGAAUAUGCGUCUAUUAACCGGGCAGUGCCACAGAUGCCCACGGGGAUGGAGAAAGAAGAGGAAUCGGAACACCAUCUCCAGCGGGCGAUCUCUGCUCAGCAGGUGUACGGGGAGAAGAGGGACAACAUGGUCAUUCCCGUCCCAGAGGCUGAGAGCAACAUCGCCUACUAUGAGUCCCUCUAUCCGGGGGACUUCAGGAUGCCCAAACAGCUCAUUCACAUACAGCCGUUCAGUCUGGACACAGAACAGCCGGAUUAUGACCUGGACUCAGAGGAUGAGGCAUUUGUAAAUAAGCUGAAGAAGAAGAUGGACGUAGGGGCCCUGCAGUUUGAAGAGAUGAUCGACCGGCUGGAGAAAGGCAGUGGACAGCAGAUGCUUUUAUCCAAAGUGACUUGCAUUACAUUGAAGCCGGUGUCUCUGCAGGAGGCCAAACUCUUGUUAAAGGAGGAUGAUGAGCUGAUAAAGGAGGUGUUUGAGUACUGGAGCAGGAAGAGGAAAGCGUGUCAGAGCGGCUCUCUCAUCCCUGUCGUUAAACAGGAGAAGCGUGACGGCUCCAGCACCAGUGACCCCUAUGUGGCCUUCAGGCGCAGAACGGAGAAGAUGCAGACGCGAAAGAAUCGUAAGAACGAUGAAGCUUCUUACGAGAAAAUGCUGAAGCUGCGUAGGGACCUGAGCCGGGCUGUCACCAUCCUGGAGAUGAUCAAGAGACGAGAGAAGAGCAAAAGAGAGCUGCUGCACCUCACGCUGGAGAUCGUAGAAAAGAGGAACAGCAUGGCUGAUUUCGGAGGGGAGGUUAUGGCAGAAGUUUUGGCUCAGAGAGCUUUGGAGAAACCAGUCAUUCCUCUGAUCCCAAUCACAAACAGUAACCAGUACAGACACACAGAACAUGACCGGGACUAUAAGAUCAAGAUGGAUAAGCCAGAGGUUGUACGGCAGAAACGAAAGUAUGAGAAGAAGGCAAAGCCACUGCCGUUGGCAGGCUCUGUGCACUCAGGCCCGGCAGUCUUUAACACUAAAGACCUCAAUCAGUAUGACUUUCCCAGUUCAGACGAUGAACCCUUCUCACAGAUGUUCUCUGGUUCUUCAGAGGUCGAGGAGGAGAACGAUCCAGAUGGUGUGUUUGGGUUCAGGAGGAGAACAGGCUGUCAAUAUCAAGCUGUGCGUUCGGGACUCGUGGGCGGUUGGCCCUGGUCAGACCCUGCCGAGGGCGGGGUAGCAGAUGUGCGGUAUCGCUAUUCUCUCACCAUGCUCACGGUCCCGCGGCGAUGCCUGGGGUUGGCACGGCGACGAGUGGGCAGAGGGGGCAGGGUUUUAUUGGACCGAGCCCACUCCGAAUGGGAUAAUGUGUAUCAUGGGCUGGACCCGGAUUCCCCCGCAUUCCCAUCAUUGUCUCCCACCCAGCAGCCCAGCAUGGAUACCUCACACACCAGCACAGAUACCUCUGCCCGCUCCUCCACUUCACCUGACCUCACACAAAUCCUGCUCAAUAUCAAAGCCUGUCGCUGGAGGCAUUUCAAGCCUCGGACGGCACCGCCAGACGAUCCCGACAAUCCAGAGCACUGGUCUGCACGGAGACCCCGUCGCGGCUUCCUCAUCCGCCCAAUCAGCACGCUUCAGAAGCAGAGAGGCCCCGCCUCCUACACCAGACCACCUGCCCCUCCACCCGCACCGGCUUUCACCGCUGAGCAGUACCAGCAGCACCAGGAGCAGCUCGCACUGAUGCAGAAACAGCAGCUUGAACUGGUUCAACUACAGCAGCAGGCCGGCAGCACAGCUGUCACAAACAACCCCCAGAGUUUGGUGUCAAAGACGAUAGAUGUUGCCAGUGCUCAGUUUGCUGCCUCUGCACUGCUGACUUCUGACCAGCUGAUGGCGCUGAAGAGUAAAGAGGAUGGAGUUGGUGUCAAUGGAGUCGUUUCAGCCUCAGGCGUCUAUAAGGGCUUACAUCACACAAGCUCUGCAGUGUCGUCCAUCCUUCCAACUGCUAGCCCUACCUUCACCUCAUCCCCCUCCCCUGCUGUUGCCACCACCACCACUAACAACGGAACUUCCUCGGCCAAUCAUCACGUCAGCACAGCCGGCCCCGCCCCUGGCCAAGCGCUGGUGGGCGGGGCUGUAAGAGUGAGCGUGCCCUCACCAGCAGGCACCUUGAGCGUGCGGCAGCUGCAGCGUCAGCUCACCGUUCCCGCUUCUGCCCUAAAACUUGCUGCCAAUGCCAACAGACCCAUCCCAAAGGUCACCACAGGGUCAACUACCCUCGACAUGGGGCCCAGCAAGCUACGGAGAAACCGGCAGCCAGGCAACAGACAAGUGACCGAUCCUGAGUGACAACGUCACGUCACUACUCGCAUUCUAGCAGAACGGUUCGGCACGGUUGGCUAAUUCCGGGCGGAGAACGGUUUGUAAUCGUGCCGUGCCAUACCGGGCUGAGUUGGAAAUACAACUGGAACCGUUCCUUACCAUUCAUCUGUUCAACCCAACGGUGGAAAGCGGAUUUUGUGAGCAGUGCUGUGGUGUAAUGGCAAUCUACAAUAAAAUCUUUCAUUACAGAUUUCGUUUGCAAACAAAUCAAACAUAUGGGUGACCCUUGAACUUGGUAAAAAGAUAAUCCCUUAAGCAUCCUGACUGGAUUUUUAAUUUUUUCAUUUAUUUUUGCUUAUUUUAGUAAACUUUCACAUUAGCGUACACAUCCUACACUGUUAUUAAUAUGGGGAUCAGCUGGAAAUAGCGACCUCUCCUGGAUUGAUUUAGUAUUAACGUUAUAAUCUGAACGCAAUCUUUACAUUACUUGCUUUUCAAAUGUCCGCCAGUUGCCCAUCCCUGACUUACAUGUUUUAAAUGACAAGCCAUAUUUGAAGGCCCCGAUAUACUUGCGGUAACGUUCUUUUUCAUUUUUCGUUUAGGGGUAAAACGAAGUUUGAAAUACGUGAGCAGCGAUAUACUGUUAUCCAACAUCUGACAUUUACCACACUGUUGAGAGUGGUGUUUACAUUAAUAUGAAAAUAUGUGCAGUGUAUUUUCCAUAUUUUUUUAUAUUUUCCAGAGUGAUCUGACAUAACAGCUCACUUUCAGCAGUUAUUUUAUCUAUGGUUCCUAACAUUUCUUACAGAUUUCUGCUCGUUGUAAAUCAGAUAAAGAUAAAUUAGUACAGUACCAGUAUGUAAUGAGAGCGAGUGCGUGUGUGAAUUAGUCAUACCGUCUCUCUAUUCAUUUUGAAGCUGUGGGUUGUAAAUAGUUCCUUCGAAAGUAGAAAAAUAUAUGCUAUAAUAAGCUUUAGUGAUAAAUCACAGGACAGCGCUGACUAGUUUCUGCGUUCCUCUCUCUUCGUGCGAUCUUCACGUUUUGCACAGCUACUGUUUGUAUGAGUGUUCGUGCCAUAAUGCAGCUGCGCAAGCACGGUAGCUCGAUAUAAUAAUACACAUCCGAUCUCUAAAUCGCUUGAAUGUCCAAACUGGCAAACCUUAAAACACAUACAACUGACAAAGUUUAGUGAAGAAGCAAGGCUCACCGCUCGCGCGCUUUUUCUGUGUGUUGACUCGGCGUUCACCUCCUUGUUGCUUCCAUGCCACUGCCUGGACAGGGCAGAGUCACACACGUGGUAGUGUGUGUUUUAAGGGGGAAGUAUUAACAGGAUUAAAAAAAACCGAAAUAAUGGACAUGGGAAAAUUACGUCGGUUAGAGGUUCUGAAUUUUGGUUUCGAUUACUUUUCGAUUAAUCGUCCAGCCCUACAACAUGGGUAUGUUGGCACAAACUCUGCAAAUUAGCACUCCAGUGAAGUCACCUCAUGUUAAAAACAAACAGCUUUACAGUAUCAAACAUGGAAAAACAGUGUCAGUGCCUCAUUUCAUCAGAAGCACAACUUCGUUUUCUACUAUAUCUAGUAUGUUCAUGUUUUCACCCGCUUAUCUUACUUUGACGGACUCAAAUAGAUGAAAUGAGUUCUACAUGAAAGAAACGGAGCCUCAGCACGCAUGCCAUAUUACGUUAUCAUCAUGGACCAAUGGUAGUACGAAGGGGUUUUGCAGCUGGAGCGAACUUUUCUUGAGAGUUCGCUUUGGCAAGCUGUGUCGAACUCCCAAAACGAACUUCGUUUUGGCCUGAUUUAGUUUGAAAUGACAGUGCAUCAAUUCGUUCUUCAAUUUCGUUUGAAAAAUAUCGGGGCCUUGAGAUUGAUGAAUGAUAGGCAAAUGUUUGGAUUUCCUGUCCGACAUACUGUAAUUACCACAAGGACCCGCCAUUAACGACCAGUCCCUCACGGAGUUUUUUGCGACUAACCAAAUAAUACAAUUUUGGUUGACUAACGGUUAGUCGACAGUUAGGGGGCAGCCCUAAUUCUGUGAUGUAUUUAUAUUUUAGAAGAAAAAAAAAAGUUUUAAUAACGGCUAUUUAACAGCUGCAGCAUGAUCAGUUACAAUCAAAUUCCACCUUGCAUCAUUUCAAACGCCAUUUCAUGUUGACUUUUUUUAUGUAGUAGCUGUUUUUGUUCUUCAUUGUGUGAUUUACAAGACUAAAGUAGUAGGUUUAAUUUGAAGUCACAUGAUCAGUUCAUUUAAUCGAAUUUUGU